AUGCCUGGUGAACGUGGAACACGUAUUCAAGAUGAUAUGCAAACGACUGCCCUUUCAAACGAUAAUCGAUAUCAACAAUAUCUGACUGCUACAGUGUAUGAGGACAGUUUCUAUCGACUACUUGUUCAGCUUGAUUGUGGUGGACAGUUAAGCGGAGAUACACAGGAGACUCCUUGCAGUCGUUAUCUCAGUGUUACUGUGUGGAUUGACUUCAACGACAAUGGGUUAGAUGAAUCAGAAAGUCGACUUCUCCAGCCCGCUUGGUCAAGCAAUGAUGUACCUACGGGUACAUAUAAUUUGGAUGUAAACAUACCAAAAAUUGACGGCAGAACUACGAAAGCUGGUGUUCAUCGCAUGCUUGUUACUGUGAUGGCAAGUGAAGAUUAUCAAAGAGAAUGUGGCAGUUUUCCGUACAAAGAAACACGAGAGUAUACCGUCAAUGUUAUUCCAAAAGUAGCACCUAUAGUCGAAACAACUACUCGCUUUAUCUGUCCUCUAAGUAUCGCUAAAAUUAUUCUUGUUAUAAUGGCUGGAGAAAAAGGAACAGAGAUUCGAGAUGAUAAACCAAGAACUUCAUUAUCAGCUAAUUACAUAAAUGAACAUCAUAUGGGUGUUACACUUUUUGAGCACACUGUCUAUUUGUUACGCAUUCAAUUGGAUUGUUCUUCGCAAUUGAAGACUGAAUUAACUAGAACAGGCUGUAAUCUUGCUCAAGAUGUGAAUGUUUGGAUUGAUAUAAAUGAUGAUGGAAGAUUCGAUGAUUCAGAAAUUGGAGCUCCUUAUCGUUGGCCAGUAACCAGUUAUAUGGCAGAAGGUAUCUAUGAUAUACAAAUAUAUGUACCAUUGAUCGAUAACAGAUAUAUGAAAAAUGCACCGCAUCGAAUGCGCAUUGCUGUUUCACCAAGUGAAUAUUAUCGAAGACUCUGUGGUGAUUAUAAUUACCUUGAAACAUUAGAGUAUAUGGUUACUAUUAUUCCAAGAAUGAAAUACACCUCAUUUGAUGCUACGCCCACUUCUAUGAUGCCAUACAAUGCACCAUGUUCUCCGGAUGUUGGCAAGAUUAUUCUUGUUGCAAUGGCUGGUGAGCAUCGAACACAAAUUCGAGAUGAUGCAUCAACUAGAGCUGCAUUAACUGGCAACACUCAAAAUUAUCAACAUUUAUCUAUUGUACUAUAUGAAGAUACUGUCUAUCUUCUACGUAUCCAAUUGGAAUGCACUGGAUCACAAAGCAGAGAUCAAGCUGAAGACAAUUGUAACCUUCCUCAUGAUGUAGCUGCAUGGAUUGAUAUAAAUGAUGAUGGUAGAUUUAGUGAAACAGAAAAUGCAGCUCCUUACCGAUGGCCGCUCGCUAGCUAUGUACCAAAAGGCAUCUAUGAUCUACAAAUAUAUGCGCCUAGUAUUGAUGGAAUAAGAACGAAAAGUGGACCACAUCGCAUGCGUCUUGAUGUAACCUUAAAUGAACAGUAUCGUCAAAAAUGUGGGAAGAAUUAUUAUAGAGAAACACGAGAAUAUAAUGUUACUAUUGUUAAAAAGAAUAUGAAGCAAACAGUCGAUAUUGGUGGCCCGUAUUUGACAUUAACAAAUGCAGUAUGUUCUAAAACCCAUGGCCAAAUUGUACUUGUUAUAAUGGCUGGUGAGAAAGGAACACAUAUUCGAGAUGAUACACCAAUAAAUACUGUCAUUAAACCUGAACAAAAUCGACACCAUAUGGCUGUUACAUUAUUUGAAAAUACCAUCUAUCGAAUACGUAUUCAAUUAGAUUGCGAUCAACGCUCUAGCAGAGCUCCAUUUAAGAUCCAAUGCAAUCUUGCUUACGAUGUAAAUGUUUAUAUUGAUCUAAAUAACGACGGAAGAUUUGACGAAUCAGAAAGUCGCACCCCAAAUCGAUGGCCACUACGUAGUACAAUGACAUUAGGAAUUUAUGAUUUAGAAAUUCCUAUACCUAGUAUCGAUAGAGUAACUACGAGAGAUGGAUCACAUAUCAUGCGCGUUGUUGUGAAAGCAAGUGAUGAAUAUGUCAGAUUAUGUGGCAGAUCUGACUACAGCGAAACACGAGAGUAUACAGUCAACAUCAUUCCAAAGGAAACAUAUAGUGGCAGGAACGCAUACGAUGGUAGAAAUACUUACAAUGGCGAUAAUACAUACAAUGGUGGUAAUACAUACAAUGGUGGUAAUACAUACAAUGGUGGUAAUACAUAUGGUGGAGGCUACAGAGGCACGCAUUGUUCUCCUGGUAAAUUGGUAUGUUCAGUAGGCAAUAGUGCUAUCUUUUUUGUCAAUGUAUUGGGUGAACAAAAUACAGAGAUUCGAGAUGACAUGAAACAAUGUAGUUCAACAAAUAAUUAUAGAGAUCGAAGCGAUCUAACUGUGACAUUAUUCGAUAAUACGGCUUAUACUCUUCAUAUCGAAUUAUCUUGUGUUCAACAAUCAGGCUAUGGUAGUACUUAUAGUCAAGAUCCAUCUGUAUUCGGAAGAAAUUGUCGCGAUUCUCGCUAUCUUGGUAUGUGGAUAGAUUUUAACAAUGAUGGUACAUUUGAUGAUAAUGCAGAACGAUUGAUUCCUAAUAAUUGGUAUCGAGAUGAUCCUCGCAUGACCCAGAAUGAUAUAAGUUUUACUAUUCCACAAAUUGAUGGUAGAUAUAACGUUGGUGGACAACAUCGAAUGCGUGUUAUUUUGACACAAGAUGCAAGAAAUCGUAAGGCGUGUCAAAACACAGGUUAUGGUGAAGUACGAGAUUAUACAGUACAAAUCAUACAAACACCUACGUAUUGA